UGGGAGGGCGUUUGCAUACGAAAGACUGUAGGCCAGGAGGAUGUGGGGGAAAUCAUAUUUUAUACACUAAUUUUACGUGUUGAUGAAAUUUAAAAGACUAAUAGUCUUUCGGGUUUCGCUCUAAUGCAAUAUAACUACAAGUAUCACGCAUUGGCAUGGUUGUUCAGUGGUCUUGCUGUUUUUUAAAGUAGCCGGCAAAUAUCCUUUGCCUCCUCAAAGGAGCAAUGACCUGCCUCCACUUUUUCAACUGCAGCCAGCUUGCUUGCUAACUACCUAACUGCAGGAUCGACCUCAGUACUCGGCUGGCUAGCUAGCCGACCGUUAGAUGUAGUACAACGGUAGCUAGCUAGACAGGAAGUACGCUACGCUUACUUCAGGUUUACAGCAAGACAGGUUAGCUGGCUGGAUAAAAACAGUAUCCUAGCUAGUUUUUGCUACCUCUGUACACAGUUACUGUUAUAGUUUUAAGUUAAACUAAAAAUUAUUAAACAAAGGGAUGGCUAAGUUGACAAGUGAGUGACAAGCUAAGACAGCUAUGCUAUUAGCUUCCCCAAGUGAUAGCUGGCUAUCAAAGCUAUCCUAAGCUGCUCAUACUUGCAAGAACUUUGCUAAAGUUAGCUAAGUUAGCAAGCUAUCUAGCUCUAUCUAUCUAAGUUAGCCUGCCGUUUAUUUUUAAUUCCUUUGUUUUGAGGAAAGACUCGGUGGAAUUUCCCCACCAUUGUUAGUAGCUUUUGGUCCGGUAAACCAGUAGUAUUUUCGGAUGGCCCCACAUAAAUAUGGUUCGGGUGGUGGUGGUAUAGGUUCUGGUGCUGGAUUUGGUUAUGGUACCGGGGGCAAAGUCGGUGCUCAAUCCUCCGGAAUUGUGAUGACUUCAAAGAAGCUAAAAAUGGAACAGAUUCAAGCUGACCACGAACUCUUUUUACAAGCAUUCGAAAAACCCACACAGAUCUAUAGAUUCCUGCGCACCAGAAACCUGAUUGCACCUAUCUUCUUGCACAGGACUCUCACAUACAUGUCCCAUCGGAACUCAAGAACAAAUACCAAAAGGAAAGCUUUUAAAGUGGACGAUCUGCUGCAUAAGGUUGAGAAGGCAAGAGGAGAGCAAGAGUCACAUAAUUUGGCCUCACAUCUGCAGUUGACCUUCACUGGAUUCUUCCAUAAAACAGAAAAGCUAUCACAGAAAUCAGAGAACGAACAAAACACGGUGCCCCUGGAGGUGCUCCUCGUGAAAGUCUGUCACAAGAAGAGAAAGGAUGUCAGCUGCCCAGUAAAGCAAGUGCCUACAGGUAAGAAGCAGGUGCCAUUGAACCCCGACGGGAGCCAGGCCAAGCCGGGGGCCUUCCCCACACUGCUGGUCUCCAGCCAGGAGUUUGAGCCCAGCAACAGCCACAUGGUCAAGUCCUACUCGCUGCUCUUCAGGGUGCCCUGGCCGGCCAGGUGCCAGCUCAGUGACCUGGCCAAUGGAGAGACCAACAAGAACAUAGGUGUUAUUGAAGAAAUGGCAAGCAGAAAGAAACGUACCUUGCAAAGGGAAGAUGGCGAAACGAUGUUUGUGGCCCAGAUGACCGUUUUUGAUAAGAAUCGACGUUUACAGCUGCUCGAUGGGGAGUAUGAAGUGUCCAUGCAAGAAAUGGAGGAGUGUCCAGUCGGCAAGAAAAGAGCCACAUGGGAAACCAUUACGGAUCAGAAGUGGCCUGACCUGACCUUCUCCCAGGGUCCCACACUGCAGUUCACCCUGCGGUGGACAGGUGACGUGUCUAGCCGCUCCACGGCACCUGUGGCCAAACCCCUGGCCACACGCAACUCCGACUGCAGCGGCGGCAGCAGCACUGCAGAGAGCAGGCCCUGCAGCCUCAAGCCCCUGCAGACAGUAGCUGUAAAGGAACCAAUUAGCACUGAUAUUCCUCCAAGGAAAGAACAGAUAGUGGCAGAAUCACGACAGAAGCCCAGGGUAAUAUAUCAGUUCCUGUACAACAAUAACACGCGGCAGCAGACGGAGGCGCGGGAUGACCUGCACUGCCCCUGGUGCACCCUCAACUGCUGCAAACUCUACAGCCUGCUCAAGCACCUCAAGCUAUCCCACAGCCGCUUCGUCUUCAACUAUGUGCCUCACCCCAAAGGAGCGCGCAUAGACGUGUCCAUAAACGAGUGUUAUGACGGUUCUUACGUGGGCAACCCGCAGGACAUCCACAGCCAGCCCGGCUUUGCCUUCAGCCGCAACGGCCCCGUCAAGAGGACGGCCGUCACCCACAUCCUCGUCUGCAGGCCCAGACGUGUGAAGCCCAGUCUGUCAGAGUUCCUGGAGCCGGAGGAAGGGGCGGACGUGGAGCAGCAGCAGCGCACCUACACCAGCGGCCACGACCGCCUGUACUUCCACAGCGACAACUGCGUCCCGCUGCGGGCCAACGAGAUGGACGAGGACAGCGAGGACGAGCGCGACCCCUUCUGGCUCCGGGAGAAGACGGUCACGCAAAUUGAUGACUUCACUGAUGUGAAUGAGGGAGAGAAGGAGGUGAUGAAGCUGUGGAACCUUCACGUGAUGAAAUACGGAUUCAUUGCUGACAAUCAGAUGAACCAGGCAUGCAUGGUGUUUGUGGAAAAAUAUGGCAGCAUCAUAGCCGAGAAGAACCUCAACCGAAACUUCCUGCUGCACCUGGUCAGCAUGCAUGACUUCAACCUGGUCAGCGUGGUCACCAUCGACAAGGUCAUGGCACGCGUGCGUGAGUUCCAGCGGAAACGCCGGCGGCAACACAACCACGAUCUCAGAAUGCUCAGCAGUGGCGCUGCCCCCUCCACCAGCCAAACCAGUCAGGGGCCGCUAACGGACAAAGAGGCAGCCACCGCAGCAGCAGGAGCAACCAGCAAGCCCCGACAGUACAAGAGGCAGAAGCUCUGAGGGGUGAAGGGUCAGGGGUCAGGGGUGGGGGAGGGUUGAGGGACAGGGAUCAGGGAAAGCAGGCGGCAGAAUCUGGUGCUCUUUUGGGUGGGGCACCACUGGAUGGCUCAUCCAGUACAGUACCCAUGCAUUCCGUACAGGGUCUCAGGUGCUUGGAGUCUGCAACACGGUGCACUACUGGCAGACACAACCAAGAACAAAAAAAUUCGAAAAAAAGGUGAAUCAUGCGAAGGAUUUGUGGGUCAAAUGAAGGGAGUCACAUUUUUCAGUUUUCCAUUCCUCCCUCCAUCAUUGCAACAUUGAAACCAGCAGAUUAAUAGGCUCUGGGAUGGUGCCAUUUAAACAGGAGCUUUUUUCUAAGAUUACUUUUAGCAUUCAUAAGCAGUAGUAGGGAUUUCACGUUUUAUAUUCGUAGGGAUUCCACGUUUCUAUUCGUUAGUAUGUCUCUGAUGGAUCACCAUUGUGACACACCCUCUUGGCCCUUCAAGCCUAUUCCAUCAACACAUGGUUCUUGUUGGUGGCUGCAUUUGGACAGACUAUUCAAGGAAUCAUUUUAAAUGGUGACUAAUUGCAAAGAUUUGACCCAAAUCCUGUUUUUUUUUUUUUAUUAUUGUCAUAUUUUGCUACCGGGUUUGAUGUGUUUAACGAUGCAUUUUGAGAGUAAAAAGAAACUUGAACUGAACUGAAA